CGAGCUGCGAAGCUUCUCCGUUGUUUCCAUCGGGCGGCAGUGCGCAUACCUUUUAGCUCGAGCUGCAUUACCCGCUGGUCCUCAUUGAGUCUGCGUUCCACUGAGGGGGAGGAUGGAGUCUCGAGAUCCUCAACUUUCAUCAACUGUAAGCGACGCGCCGGAAUCAACUUCAUGACAAAAAAAAAAGGCUUUUUAGCUUCCGCCGUGAUUUCAAUACGUUCUUCUCUCUUUUACUGAUAUGGAUACAACACGCGCGUUUUGGCGCCCGGUCGCUUGUUGAGCACCGGCGGAGACGCAGUGCAGGCUUUAGGACCGCGGAGACGUUCACUAAGCUGUCAGGGUUGCGAGUGUGCACAUAGCAGCACUGUGGAGAAAAGCCCCGUCGGAUGUGCUCAUACAGAGGACUUGUGAGGUAUCCGUAGAUAUCCGUAGAUAUCUGUCCUUACCGCGGCGCUGCCUCCCGAAGAGCGCGCCUGUGCGCCGGCAAUGGCUUUGCAUCGCGGUGAGGGACUGGAAAAUCCGCGGUCAGCACCGCGCAUCUGACACAAUACAGACUUCAUUGCUGUUUUAUAUUAGCUUUCUAUUUGCCCCUCAUAUUUCCCUUCAGUUUUUAUUCAAAAUUUGAAGUUUUGACCUGCAGCGGCUAAGAGAUAUUCUGUGCGCAUUUUGAACAUUUCAAAGGUAGGCAGUAUGCGUCUCGGCUUUGGAAUAGACACCCCUCAUGACAACUUCAGCCCUGCCUGAUUGGGAUAUUCCUUCAUAAUUUCGAAUAAAAUUACGGCAAGACGAAGAGGUAUUUUCUUUCCGUUCACCCGAUGCGAUGAUUACCCCCAGCCUUUACUGACAUCGGAAUCCGAUUAAUUUUGGGGGGAAAUUCAGACAGGAAACAUGAGAUCUCCCUUUCCACUGCAGAUGCUGCUCUAUGCCACAGUGAUCAGGAGCCUGAAGGUGGUGUCCAAGAGAGGCUCAGUGGACGGCUGCACGGACUGGUCGGUGGACUACUUGAAAUACAAAGUGCUUCUUGGGGAGCCAGUGCGGAUUAAGUGUGCGUUGUUUUAUGGAUAUAUCCGUGCUAACUACAGCCACGCACAAGGUGCUGGCCUCAGCCUGAUGUGGUACAAAAGUGCAGGACACGGAGACUUUGAGGAGCCCAUCUCCUUCGACGGCGUCAGGAUGAGCAAAGAGGAGGACUCCAUCUGGUUCAGGCCAGCAGAGCUUCAGGACAUCGGCCAUUACUCCUGUGUGUUACGAAAUUCCACAUACUGCAUGAAAGUGUCCAUGUCAUUGACCGUGUCGGAGAAUGACACAGACCUGUGCUACAACUCCAAAAUGAAGCACCUGGAGAAGGCAGAGCUCAGUAAAGGAAAGGAUAUUCUCUGUCCCGACAUAGAGGACUUCAUCCAGCCCAGCAAGGAUCUUGACAUCGUAUGGUACAAGGAGUGUAAACCCAAACAGUGGAGAGCCAGUAUUGUGAGGCGGAGGGAUACGCUGUCCAUUAAGGAAGUGAGAGAAGAUGACAUUGGAAAUUACACAUGUGAACUCAAGUUUGGAAACUUUCUAGUUCGAAGGACCACUGAACUGUUAGUCACAGCCCCUUUGACCGACAAGCCUCCAAAGAUCCUCUUUCCUGCGGAAAGCAAAAUGAGUGUCAUGGAGAUGCAGUUAGGCAGCUCCGUGAACUUGACGUGCCAGGCCUUCUUCGGAUACAGUGGCGACGCCAGCCCGAUCAUCUACUGGAUGAAGGGGGAGAAGUUCAUCGAGGACCUGGACGAGAGCCACGUGCGAGAGAGCGAAAUCAAGACUCUGCGAGAGCACCUGGGGGAACAAGAAGUGGCGAUCUCACUUACCAUAGAUGCUAUGAAGGAAACAGACUUGGGCAACUAUUCCUGCUACGUGGAGAAUGGGAACGGCAGAAGGCAAGCCAACAUCCAGCUCAUCAAGAGGGCAGAGCUGAUGUAUACAGUGGAGCUGGCUGGGGGUUUGGGUGCCAUCCUGCUCUUACUCAUCUCCCUGGUCACCCUGUAUAAGUGCUACAGAAUCGAGCUCAUGCUCUUCUACCGGACCCACUUCGGCAGUGAGGACGUGGAUGGCGAAAACAAGGAUUACGAUGCGUACGUGUCCUACAGUAAGGUGGAGCCGGAACAGUGGAGUCAGGAGAGCAGAGAAGAGGAGCGCUUUGCUCUCCAGAUCCUCCCUGACGUUCUGGAGAAGCAUUAUGGGUAUAAACUCUUCAUCCCUGACAGGGAUUUGAUCCCUACUGGAAGUUUCGCCAAUGAUCAUUUCCAGGAUGACACGAGACUCCUUAGAGCGUACAUCGAGGAUGUGGCGCGCUGCGUGGACCAGAGCAAGCGGCUGAUCAUCGUCAUGACGCCCAGCUACGUUGUGCGGCGGGGCUGGAGCAUCUUCGAGCUGGAGACACGGCUGCGGAAUAUGCUGGUGAGCGGCGACAUCAAGGUGAUACUGAUCGAGUGCGCCGAGCUCCGCGGCGUGCUCAACUACCAGGAGGUGGAGGCACUCAAGCACACCAUCAAGCUGCUGACGGUCAUCAAGUGGCCCGGGCCCGAGGGCAACAAGCUGGGCUCCAAGUUCUGGAAGCGUCUGCGCUACGAGAUGCCCUUCCGCCGGCCUGAGCGCGGGCCCUCGCGCGAGCAUGUGCUGGACGCCAGCGAGCAGGGCCCCUUCAGUGAGCUGCAGACCGUCUCAGCCAUCUCCAUGGCGACGGCCACAUCCACGGCAGUGGCAGCGGCGGCCCACCCUGACCUGCGCUCCACCUUCCACGGCAGCUACCACGCCUCGCUACGGCACAAACACUACUACCGCGGCUACGAGUAUGAUGCGGUGGCACCCGGGGGCACGCUUCCAUCGCUGUCCUCGCUGGCUGGACAGCACACCUACUGCAACAUCCCCAUGACCGUGCUGAACGGGCAGCGUGCCGGGGGCAGGGCAGGAGGCAGAGCAGGGGGCAGGGGGGCGCGGCCUGAGCUCACGCAGCCACUGGACGAGCAGCACGGGAACAACGCCCUGCUGCCGCUCCUGCCCCGCGAGACCAGCAUCUCCAGUGUCAUCUGGUGACGGACGCGGCCUCCGCCCGCCACGCCCAGACCCUGCUGACGCCCACUGUGCCAAGGUGCGGAGGAGAAGAAAAGCGAUGUGAGAAAGGACGACAGAAUCUCCUGAGGCAAAUGUGGACAGCUGGUGUUCAGGUUGCAGGCCCUUUCACAGGGAUUUAGGAACCGCAGAGCGGAACCUUCAGAACCGGUCCAGAGCCGCCAGAGGGAUUUAUUUUCAGAAGGAUUUUUCAAUUAGAGGAGUGGGGGGCAAAUGUUUAUGAAAACUUGGAGAACCCAUUGUGUUUCAUACCUGUACACACACACACACACACUCACACACACACAUACACACACACACACACACACACAUAUUCACAAGGAA